GCUCCCUUCACUAACAACAACGCGCUAAGACUCUCCCUCCAAUUCAUCGGCAACAGAAACCAUCUCUCGGCAGCACACCAAGGCCAAUAAAAGAAUACAAACGACGUCCGCCAUGUCACCUACUAACAUACCAGUCACCGUCGUUCAAAGCUCAUUGGUUACUGUCCACCCUUUGGUAUUACUCUCCGUUGUCGAUCACUAUAACCGUGUUGCCAAGAACACAAAAAAGCGCGCCUUAGGUGUGCUUCUGGGUCAAGCUCAUGGAAACAAGGUCAAUGUCGCCAACAGUUUCGCAGUGCCGUUCGAGGAGGAUGAGAAAGACCCAUCAGUCUGGUUCUUGGACCACAAUUACGUCGAAGCCAUGAACGACAUGUUCCGCAAGGUCAACGCCAUGAACUCUUGUUCAUUUGCAAAUUGGCGGCUCAUAGCGAAAGAGCGCAUGGUUGGCUGGUACCACAGCGGCCCCAAGUUGCGUGCCUCGGAUCUUGAGAUCAACGAGCUAUUCAAGAAGUAUACACCGAACCCGGCAUUGGUUAUCAUUGAUGUUAAACCUACGGAUUUGGAGAUUCCAACAGACGCCUACUUUGCCGUCGAAGAGAUUCGCGAUGAUGGAACCGCAACAACAAAGACAUUUGUUCACGUUCCUUCAGAAAUCGAGGCUGAGGAGGCAGAAGAGAUUGGCGUGGAGCACCUUCUUCGGGAUAUCAAGGAUAACGUUGUAGGCACGCUUUCCACCCGCGUGGGCGACCAGUUGCGCUCGUUGAAGGGUUUGCAACAAAGACUGGAGGAGAUUCAGGAGUACUUGGGCAAGGUCGUUGCAGGCUCGUUACCGAUCAACCACCAGAUCAUUUACAAUCUACAGGAUAUCUUUAACCGUCUACCAAAUCUCGAAGAUCCAGACACGAUCAAGAGUUUCUCUGUCAAGACCAACGACCAGCUGUUGGUGAUCUACUUGUCCUCACUGAUCAGGUCGGUGAUCGCGCUGCAUAACCUGAUCAACAACAAAAUCGAGAACAAGAGGGCGGAGGAAGAGCUGGAUGGUAUCGAUAGAGAUGUAAAGCAGGAAACAGUCGAAGGAGAUGCCUCUCACAAAGAUGCGAAGGACUUGAAGGAUUCGAAGGACCCUAAAAGCAGCAAGGAGACUCCAAAGUAGAACGCCGAUGCACGACCGUCAGCGGGGUUCAGGGAUUGCUGAAGAAAAAUAAACGCACAGAAGCAAAGCCACUAUUGCCCUCAUCCCCCUUUUUUUGAGGCACAAAAGGACUUCCUGGCCUGGU